UGAAAGGGUGGGGUCGCGGGGCGGAGGGCGCUCGCUUGAGGGGGGCCUUGGGCCUCCUAGGUGAGGUGCCUUCGGUCUGACUCUCCCGAGCCCUUUCUGUGUGAGAAGAGGAUGUGAGGGCCGUGCCUUCCCUGCCGCGCAUUCCGUGGGAAAAUACUGUUGCUUUCAUGGAAAUGCCAACAUCCCCUGCGCGGAGAGCUCCUGCUGCGGGCGAGCGCGUGGCCUCGCGGCAUCAUCCCAGAUAAUUCAAAGGGACGCGCGAGCACGUUGUGUCUACUUCGCGGGGUUGGAGUCUCCCAUAACCGGCCGAAUAGGCCCCAUCUCAGGCCCCUGGAGGGUGCUGAGAACGGGUCCAAAGGGAAGUAGGCUUCCCUUCCAACCCUGCUAAAGCCUUUUUUUCGCCUGGCAGCUGAUCUGCCUUAACUUUUUUUUUUUUUUAAGGAAGUGGGUUCUUGAGCUUUUCGCAAUUGUUAAAAUAUGCGGUCUUGUGGGCAGAGAUGCUUGUUAAACUGAACUAUUGUUUCAUACGAAGAAGUUAUUCAAGAUCUAGGAGAGAGUGGAUUUGAAUUUUAGUGUAUCCAGUGUAGCAAAAUAUUCAGCUGCUGGGCACGCUCAUCCAGACUCAACUCGGUGAAUGAAGCGAUGAUACAGUUUUGAACUGCUUCAUCGUAGAGUCAGCGUUUCUUCUGGCAAGCUCUGUCUUCCUUGGCUAUUACGGUUUGUGAUAUGUGCCUCUGGUUUAAUUUCAGUUUGGUGCCAAAGUAUCUGCCUUAAAGCAUAAUGCUUUGUGAUUCCCACAGCCCCAAGAAAUGAGAGGGAAAUCCCUUCCAAACGAAUUCUGGAUUCUCCCAUGCUUUCUUUUGCUCCAGAAGAUGAAAGACUUAAGCUGGUUCUCUGACUUUAAAGUCGCAGUUUAUGUCAGUUCCUGCCAGAUUUCUGUUUAAAUCACUAUGGUCUGCUUUACCAUGACCAUUUAUUGAAAUAACAGGCCCGCACAUCAGAACUGUUAAAUGAUAAACUGAGGCAUAUUCAAGUUUUUAAGAAUUUGAGCAGAAAUCAAUUCCAGUCAGGCAGUACCAAAGCAGUAGUUAGGAACCCUCUGCAGACUGGAGCCAGGGUAAAGACUGAUGUAGAGAAAGUGCAGAAGCAAGAAAGGAAAUUACUUGAUUGACUAUAGCUUGAAUCCUAGCUGGUUGUGGUUGGUUGUCCUUUUCGGUUUUGAUUUUGUAACCUUGGGGCAUCUACAUGCUGAGAUCUUGGUUUGUUUAAGUAGGCCACCACAGCAUUAGAGACUCAUCAAUCUGAUGACCUUGUUUAAUUAAUUUAACACAAUGCAAGGGGCUCACUGUAGAAAAAUCAGUUGUCUACUAUAUACAUUGGGGCUCAAUGGAACCUUUUUUUCUUUUUUUAACAUGCUUGGCUUUGUGCAUCACCAUAUGAUCUCAUUUUCUACUAAGAAGCUUUUCAUACAUUUGCAUCCAAAUGAGGUCAUUGAGUGAGCAUGGUUAGAGUCAAGAGUGGGAGAGUUUCUAGCAAAGUAGCCUACGCCUCUUUCAGGUCUGAUCCGCUUAAUGGUUUCUUAUUCAUGGUUUUUACAUCUCCAUUGCAUUUCCACUACCUGCCAAAGAGCUCAAAGCAAAUCAGUCAGGAAAAUCAAAUGUUCUUUUUUUGUAAUAUUAAUCUCAGUUGACAUUAAUUAUGCUUAACAUUGUACCAGUUGCUUUUUAUAAAUAUUGUUUAAGCCUUACGUUAACGCCAGUGGAUUAAAUACUACUGCCUCUGUUUUAACAGAUGAAAAAACAGACACAGAGAGGUGAAGUGAUCUAUCCAAUAAUGCACGGUUAAUAUAUAACAAAAACCAGGAUUAGAAUCUAGGAAGGGUAACUCCAAAACCCUCACUCUGAGGAGAACACUUGACUGGUGAGAAAACUCUAGGCUCUGUCACUUCCCCUCUGCAUCAUAAAAUAUCAUAGGAAAAACUAAAAUGUUGCCUUCUUGAUGGGAGCAUCAGUGGAGAUUUACUAGAAGGAAGUAAAGAACCAAUCAACUGUGAAGGAAAGAAGAGAAAAACAAAACAUCUGAAAAAGAGCAUAGAAAAGAAGAACCUUUUCCCCAGAAAGAUAAACCUUGUAUGGGGAGGGUCUGCCCCAAGCAAGCUGAGGUCUGCAGCAUUUACUUGCUAUUUCCAAAUGAAAAUUGGAGUAGCAAGGAUACUUCCCUCUCAUAUGCUUUCAUUUUGAGUAGUUAAGUUCAGAUUCACUAAAAUGAACCAGUAUUAAAUAUCCAACUGUUUAUUUUUUUAAGAGCAGCUUGAAGAAAUAGGGUGUCUUCUGGGGUUAUGAGAUUUAAGACUUCUUUGAUCUUUCAUUAAAGGUGAAAAGAGGGCAGAGAAGUAUUAGAAGAUGACCCAUAGAGUUCCAAGCAGAGAAACCUCAGUAUAAACGUGCUUGGGCUGCGUUCGAAAGCCUCUUGAAGCACCAGUGCCGAGUUGUAGCAUCUUGCAUCAGUUCUCCUUUCUGCCCUUCUGAUGGUUGUGGGUUUUGAUCAGGGUCUCAGCCCCAGCUCGCACCAUGUGGACCGCGGAUGAGAUUGCGCGGCUGUGUUACAAGCACUACGGGAGCAGGCUCCCCAAGCAAGGGAAGCCUGAGGCCAACCGCGAGUGGACGUUGCUCGCAUCCGUGGUGAAGAUACAACCUGCAGCUGGCCAGGCCUGCGACUUCCCUGAUGGUGGAGUGCAAGGAGACAUCCUCAAUGACAGCCAUGCUGAGGUCAUUGCCAGAAGGAGUUUCCAAAGGUACCUUCUCCAUCAGCUUCGCUUGGCUGCCACCCUGAAGGAGGAUAGCAUAUUUGUCCCAGGAACUCAGAGAGGACUGUGGAAACUCAGACCAGACCUCUUGUUUGUGUUUUUCUCCAGCCAUACACCAUGUGGGGAUGCCUCCAUCAUUCCAAUGCUUGAGUUUGAAGAUCAGCCUUGCUGUCCUGUCAGUAGAGAUUGGGCUAAUAACCCAUCAGUAGAAGCCAGUGGUGACCUAGAAGCUCCUGAAGGUAAAAGGAAAUGUGAAGAUCCGGAUAGUCCUGUGAUCAAAAAGAUAAGCCUUGAGCCCGGGACUUCUGACUGUGUGGCUCACCAUCGGAGUUUUGGCAAUCAGGAAGGUGACUCAAACCCACCAAAAGUCAACAGCUCUAAUCUCACUGCAGAGGAACUGGCUACUGUUACUGGAAUGGCCCCCGGUGGUGCCAAAGUGGUAGACGUUUAUAGAACUGGAGCCAAGUGUGUGCCGGGAGAAGCUGGAGACUCAGGGAAGCCUGGUGCUGCGUAUCACCAGGUGGGGCUGCUCCGAGUGAAGCCAGGCCGGGGAGACAGAACUUGCUCCAUGUCCUGCAGUGACAAGUUGGCACGGUGGAACGUCCUGGGAUGCCAGGGGGCACUGUUGAUGCACUUCCUAGAAGAGCCCGUCUACCUGUCAGCUGUGGUCAUUGGGAAGUGCCCGUACAGCCAGGAGGCCAUGCAGAGAGCACUGACUGGGAGGUGUCAGAACGUCUCGGCUCUACCCAGAGGCUUUGGAGUUCAAGAAGUGAAAAUACAGCAGUCAGAUUUACUAUUUGAACACAGCCGCUAUGCAAUGCAGGCAAAAAAGGCUGACAGCCCAGGCCGACUUGUUCCUUGUGGGGCAGCCAUCAGCUGGAGUGCAGUUCCUGAGCAGCCGUUGGAUGUCACUGCCAAUGGCUUUCCACAGGGAACAACAAAGAAAGGAAUCGGACGCCUUCAGGCCAGAUCCCGAAUCAGCAAAAUAGAACUCUUUAGAUCAUUCCAGAAGCUGCUGAGCAGUAUUUCAGAGGACAAGUGGCCAGACUCCCUCAGGGUGCAGAGGCUCGAGACAUACCAAGAGUACAAGGAGGCUGCAUCUGCUUACCAGGAAGCCUGGAGCACACUCCGGAAGCAGGCGUUUGGAUCUUGGAUCAGAAAUCCGGCAGAUUAUCAUCAGUUUAAAUGAGAAGAGAAAGUUCACAAAAAGCUUACUGGCAGCCCGGUAUUUUCCAUUCUUUCAUACUCGACCACCUUCCUCUUUUAUGCUGGACAAGCCUUAACUUUCCUUGUGGCUAAUCAGGGGAAGAAGUCUUCCAUCUACCAGAGCAAUGUAUCUAUUCUGUGUCAGAUAGAUGGAAUUCUGGAACAUGGAACAAUCUAUACUUGAUUGAAGUGGCUGUCUGCUAAAAUAGCUUCUCACUAAUGACCUUCGAAUGUGUCCUGUGUUUUAUGGCUUCUCUAAAAUAUGGAACAAUAAUCUGGAAUGGGAUGCUCUAAAAGUACCCUGCAGCAGCGCCAUUCCAUAUGUUCCUGCAUUGAGUCAGCAAGUAUUGAUUAGGCUGAGAAGUUUGAGUCUGCAAGUUUUGGCUCUUCGCCUGUCAUACUGGACAUGUGUUUUGUCCACCCAGACUUUCUCCCUUCAGAGAGCCACCCUUUCCUGCUCUAUCCGUGUGAAUUGGUAGAAGUGAACCUUAUUCCCUGGCUCCAGGAAUGUGAGCCAGACCUGAACAGUCCUGGAACUGUUGCCAGAGCUUUCAGGUAAGAUUCUCUCUCCUCUUGUGUCAGGAGCUGUAAGUGCCAUGCAGUCUCGGGGCUGCCAGUGGCUGCCUUUGCCUGCUGCAGAGAGACAGCCAGCUUGUGAAUGAAAGCAGUGAAGAAGGAAACAGCCAAGAAAAAUCAAAGCUCUCAUGACCUUGUCUGGAUGCCGGAAGCUAAUGCCUACUCUGGACUUCAGUUAUGUGAGAUAAAUUCCUGUUGUUCUGAGUAA